AUGCAGCGUCUUUGCGUCUUGUUAUUUCUCUUUGCUUGUGUAACUUUAAGAUCCGGUGUUGAAGGAAUUGGUGUGAACUAUGGGUUUCUAGGAGACAAUCUGCCACCACCAACACAGGUGAUCAAUUUAUUGAAAUCCAUAAACAUUCAAAAAACCCGAAUUUUCGAUCCGAACCCGGACGUGUUAAAAGCACUAGAAGGUUCUGGAAUUUCUGUAAUUCUUGGUACUAGGAAUGAAGAUCUGCAACCACUUGCAAGUGAUUUAAAUUUUGCGACAAAUUGGGUUAUUACUAACGUCGUUCCACAUGUUUCAUCCGUAAAUUUUGCAUAUAUCUCCGCGGGUAAUGAAGUAAUACCCGGACAAUUAGCUAGUUUUGUACUAGGAGCUAUACAAAAUUUGGAUUCAGCGCUCAAAGCGCUUAACCUUAAUAUACCUGUAACGACAACAGUGUCGUUACAGGUAUUGGGAACCUCGUAUCCCCCUUCGCAAGGGGCGUUCACGGAGGAAUCUAUUCAAUUUUUGCAACCAAUUGCGCAAUUUUUAGCUACAAAAGAGUAUCCGUUAUUGGCUGAUGUGUAUCCUUAUUUUGCGUACGCUUCAAGUCCUGAACAUAUUCAGUUAGACUAUGCACUUGUUAAAAAUACGGCUGACAAUGUUAUUGACGGAGAUUUAAGAUACAACAACUUGUUCGAUGCAAUGGUGGACGCUCUGUAUGCUGCAUUGGAGAAAGUUGGACAAGAAGGUUUAGAUGUUGUGAUUUCAGAAACAGGAUGGCCGAGUGGUGGCGAUGUUUAUGCAACUAUUGAUAAUGCUCAAACCUAUGUUAACAAUUUGAUUUCACAUGUUGCAUCUGGGAAAGGGACUCCUAAAAGGCCUGGAAAAGUUACGGAGACGUAUAUAUUUUCGCUCUUUAAUGAGAAUCAAAAGCCUGCUGGUACUGAACAGAAUUUUGGUUUGUUUUACCCUAAUAUGAUUGAAGUGUAUCACGUCAAUUUAACGCCAAUGAAGAAUUAAUGAAUGAAGUAUA